AUGGGAUCCAAUUUAAUGAAGACCUACUUCAAACAAUCGAUGCAAAGAUUAUGUUUCCCUACGACAAUCAUUACUACAUCAUCAUAUGCUGAUAUGAUACCCAAAGACUUUCACGGCCUUACAGUCUCCUCAAUGACUUCUUUAUCGGUAAAUCCAUCACCUUUAUUGCAAUUUAAUGUCCAAAUACCGUCGUUAUCGUCGAAGAAUUUGCACUUGCAUGAUAUAUUUGCAGUACAUCAACUAAAACCAGAAUUUUCAUCAGUGGAACUUGUAAGAAGAUUUAGUAAAGGUAUAAAGCAUGGCGGAACCGAACCAUUUGUAGAGUUAAAAGAAACAAUUGAUUUUUCAAUAUAUAGAAAUGCAAUUUAUGAUUCGGAUAAGAGUGUUCUUCCAAUUUUGAAAAAUGUAGAACGAGUUCUAAUAUGCAAGAAAAAGGAAAGUUUUCCUGUAGCAGAUCAUGAAGUCUGGGUAGGGGAAGUCAUAGAUUGUAUUGUAAACGAUAAUACGAUCACUGGAGGAUUAUUACACUCCAAUGGUGAAUUUUAUAUGAUGGGUGAAAAAAUAUAG